GUUAUAUCGUACGCAUUAAUAAUCAAUAUAUAUAAUUGAAAUUGCAAUAAUGAUGUGCAAAAAUCAUUUCAUAAUAUUUGGAUUACUGUUAACGAUUACUUAUUUAACACCAAUACGAUCUGAAUCGGAUCAAGAAGAUAACGUAGAAAAUAUAGAAGAGAAAUCUGACGUUAACCCUUUAGAAUCUAAGAAAGGUGAUGAGUUACUUGAAGAUAAAAAUGAUGAAACCAUUACCGAAGUUACAGAAUCACGUGUUGAACGUUCUUCAGAAGAUGCAUCAGAUCGUAUUCCAACAGCUGAAAUAAAAACAGCAAAUGAAGAUCAACUAGAAACUAACUUAGAUGAAAGCUCACGCAGAUCAGUUGACGAGUCAAAUAGUAAAUCUGAUUUUAAAGAUAGUGAGAAGUCAGAUUUAAAUUUGAAUACAGAAGAUGCUAGUGAAAGAUCUUUAACAAAUGAAGAUGAAUUGGAUGAAUAUUUAAUUGAUGAUAUGGAAAAAACUGGACAAGAAGAUGAGCUAGCUGAUAAAAAUGACGCAGAAAUUAAAGAGAUCCAAGGGAAGAGUGCAGACAAUGUACCAAUAGAUAACAGUCGUUCUCUUUCACAUGAGGCCCAAGAUACGAUAUUGGAUCAUAAAGCAAGAACAGCUCAAAUUGAUGAUGAACCUUCAGCAGAUUCCAGUCUCAACGUUAACGACGACAUAAAAGUUUUGGGUAGUCGUAGAAGCUUUUCCGGCGACCCAAGCUCAGACGGUCUUGUCAAUUUAGGUCGAACUGGAAACAUUUUUAACGACAAUCUGUUACCUAAUAAUGUAAAUCCUUUACAGUUUACAAAAAUAGCAUCAUCAGAAACGAUUAUGCCAAACGGAUUUUACAAUCCUCCGCCAAUGCCUAUAAAAUUUAACGAUUUCGCGUCUCAAAAUAAGCCGCAAAAACCUUACGAUCCUUUUACGUCAUCCGAAUCCAAACCGUUCGAUGAAUUUAAUUUCAAUCCAUUUUCCAAUUCAUAUCCAUACGCCUAUAAUCCAAAACCAAUAGCUACAACCACUCCAAAACCUAUUGAAGUCAAUAAUUUUCGUAAAAACCCUUCUGAUUUCUUCCCUAAAUUUCCUCCACCACCUAGCAUCAACGCGAAUCCUAAAGUUAAUAUCCUUGGAGACAAUUUUCAGCCUUUUUAUCCAGGCACUAUAAGACCUUUGGAAGCAAGGUUAUCAUUUCCUAGGUUUGGUGUACCGAGAUUAAAUCAAUUUCCUAAUAUACCUUACUUUUAUCGUCCAAAAUGCUCUACGUGUGCCUAAUAAAGAAUCUGUAAUUUUUUUCAUUUGUGAAAUAUAAUCAUAGAGUUUUAUCUCGAUACCUUUGUGCAGUUACAUUUAUAUUUGUUUAAAAUAACAAUAUAACUAUGAAAUAAAUAUAUCACUAACCUUAAUAAACACUCCUGCGUCCUCAGGAAUCACAUAUCACCAGCACUUUUCAUUUUACUUACACGCACUUAAAUUGUUUGAAGGUUUUACAUUUUCACAUUGUUUUUAACUACAAAAUUAAUCCCGAAACUGGAUUAGAUCGUGAAAUAAUCGCGAUGAAAUUCACAAAAGAUCACUUUUACCACAGCCAUAAACCACAAAGUUUGAUUUCACAACAAACUACUGUG